AUGGGAAGCGUUAUGCAUAAACCUUAUAGGCUACGCAUGAUAAGUUGGCCAAAAAGUCGAUAUCCAGUUGUUCCAGCUGCAAAGGCAAAAGGAGCAACUAAACCUUCCCUUACUAUGGAUCGGGCGGACCAGAAAAGGCAAAACUGGCACUUCAAUAGCCCUAUACUGGCAAUAAUUAGUGGGGACCGUCUAAAAGACCUGGAACUGGUGGAUCAACUUCCCCUCUUGCCGGAAGUAAAGACAAAAGUGACUCCCUUACUGGAAACAGUGAGGAAUAUAGAAAACGGGGAUUCAGGAAUUUACCGCUCGGAGUGGGCAUUUGGAUCCGGUCUUACCAAGGAAAUCCCUUGA